CGUCUCGUAGUUCACGCGAGAUUUCACGGGAGGAUAAGUUGAGGGAACAUGGCGACGUCUAAUUUGCUAAAGAACAAGGGCUCCCUACAGUUUGAGGAUAAAUGGGACCUAAUGCGCCCCAUCGUACUGAAGCUCCUGAGGCAGGAGUCUGUCACCAAACAGCAGUGGUUUGACCUCUUCUCAGAUGUCCACGCUGUUUGCCUCUGGGAUGACAAAGGUCCAGCUAAGAUCCACCAGGCUCUCAAAGAGGACAUCUUAGAUUUCAUCAAACAAGCACAGGCACGAGUGCUGAGUCACCAGGAUGACACAGCCCUGCUGAAGGCCUACAUUGUGGAGUGGAGGAAGUUCUUCACACAGUGCGACAUCCUGCCCAAGCCUUUCUGUCAGCUGGAGAUCACCCUGAUGGGCAAGCAAGGAAGCAACAAGAAGUCCAACGUGGAGGACAGCAUAGUCCGUAAGCUCAUGCUGGACACCUGGAACGAGUCCAUCUUCUCCAACAUCAAAAACAGAUUACAAGACAGUGCCAUGAAGCUGGUUCACGCUGAGAGGCUGGGAGAGGCCUUUGAUUCUCAGCUGGUCAUCGGAGUGCGAGAGUCCUACGUGAACCUGUGUUCCAAUCCUGAUGACAAGCUGCAGAUCUACAGGGACAACUUUGAGAAAGCUUAUAUGGACUCCACUGAGAGGUUCUACAGAACACAGGCCCCAUCCUACCUUCAGCAGAACGGGGUCCAAAACUACAUGAAAUAUGCAGAUUCAAAGCUGAGGGAAGAGGAGAAACGGGCUCUGCGGUAUCUGGAGACAAGACGUGACUGCAACUCUGUACAGGCAUUAAUGGAGUGCUGUGUCAAUGCACUUGUAACGUCGUUCAAAGAGACCAUCUUAGCUGAGUGUCCAGGCAUGAUCAAGCGAAAUGAGACAGACAUCAAAGCUAAAGAAAUGCACAUCUUCUUGAAAAGCAUGCCCCCCUGUAAGUCCCACAACUGCCUUCUCCUCAUCCCAGAGUUGCAUCUGAUGUUCUCCCUGAUGGACAAAGUACCCAGUGGCAUCGAGCCCAUGCUGAAGGACCUGGAGGAUCACAUCAUGAGCGCAGGCCUGGCUGACAUGGUGGCUUCAGCAGAGACCAUAACCUCUGACUCAGAGAAAUACGUGGAGCAGCUCCUUACCCUUUUUAACCGCUUCAGCCGGCUUGUGAAAGAGGCCUUUCAGGACGACCCACGCUUCCUCACAGCAAGGGACAAAGCAUAUAAAGCCGUUGUGAAUGAUGCAACUAUAUUUAAGUUAGAGCUUCCCAUGAAACAGAAAGGGGUAGGAUUAAAAACUCAGCCAGAGUCCAAAUGUCCAGAGCUGCUGGCCAACUACUGUGACAUGCUCCUGAGAAAGACCCCGCUUAGUAAGAAGCUUACUUCUGAAGAGAUUGAGGCCAAGCUCAAGGAAGUGCUGCUAGUACUGAAGUACGUCCAAAACAAAGACGUGUUCAUGCGCUACCACAAAGCCCACCUGACACGUCGUCUGAUCCUGGACAUCUCAGCUGACAGCGAGAUAGAGGAGAACAUGGUGGAGUGGCUCAGGGAAGUAGGCAUGCCAGCUGACUAUGUCAACAAGCUGGCCCGGAUGUUCCAAGACAUCAAGGUGUCUGAGGACCUCAACCAGUCAUUUAAAGAAAUGCAUAAACAUAACAAGCUGGCUUUACCAGCUGACUCUGUCAACAUAAAGAUCCUGAAUGCUGGAGCGUGGUCCAGAAGCAGCGAGAAGGUGUUUGUCUCACUGCCCACAGAGCUGGAGGACCUGAUACCUGAGGUGGAAGACUUCUAUAAGAAGAACCACAGUGGGAGGAAGCUUCACUGGCAUCACCUCAUGUCCAACGGCAUUAUAACCUUUAAAAAUGAGGUGGGCCAGUACGACCUGGAGGUGACCACUUUUCAGCUGGCUGUGCUGUUUGCCUGGAAUCAGAGGCCGAGGGAGCGAAUCAGCUUUGAGAACCUCAAAUUAGCCACAGAGCUGCCUGAUGCAGAGCUCCGUCGCACUCUCUGGUCUCUGGUGGCGUUCCCCAAACUGAAGCGGCAGGUGUUGCUGUACGACCCGGUGGUGUCCUCACCCAAAGACUUUGCAGAAGGCACUCUCUUCUACGUCAACCAGGAGUUUUCUCUCAUAAAAAACUCAAAGGUCCAGAAAAGGGGAAAGAUUAACCUGAUUGGUCGACUGCAGCUCACCACGGAGCGCAUGAGAGAGGAGGAGAACGAGGGCAUCGUCCAGCUCCGGAUACUCCGAACACAGGAGGCCAUCAUCCAGAUCAUGAAGAUGAGGAAGCGCAUCAACAAUGCCCAGCUGCAGACUGAACUGGUGGAAAUCCUAAAGAACAUGUUUUUACCACAGAAGAAGAUGAUCAAAGAGCAGAUUGAAUGGCUGAUAGAUCACAAGUACAUAAAGCGGGAUGAGACGGACAUAAACACCUUCAUCUACAUGGCAUAGCGCCGCACAUCAGGGGGACUGCUGUGGACUUCCAGUGGAUCAGGCGUGAUGGACGCCAGAAGUCUGCCAGGCUUCCCGUCCUCUAUUUAAAGACAGAACCCCAUCUUGUGCAGGGAGGAAGGAGGUAAAGACUGAGACCUUGGGGAGGGGGGAGGGUUAAACUUCCUGCCUUAAACUUGUAUAAAGGAAACAGUUGCAGUAGGAGUGUGCAGCCAGUGGCCACAGCUUUUUAAGCUGGGGCCUUUCCUCCGCUGUGCAUCAGAGGCAGUGCUUUCAUUCAGUGUCCACAGAGUCUGCUGUGGGCAGCUUCUUCUACAUUCCUGCUCAACGCUUGCACAAAUCUAAAGGCAUGCUGACAGGAAAAACCCAGGAACUCAGAAAUAUGCACAGUCCAGUUUUAUUCCUGUCAAGUCCAGAGCUCUUGAAGAGAAGGCUGCCCUCCCUCCUCAGAGGAGUGCUGCUAUUGGCCGGCCCUGGUGCCCACAGAGGGCCGCUGCUGCUGGGACAGCCCAAACGAACAUCUCAACACGCACUGUCAAAUAAGUUCCAACCAGCAGUCUGCAGGGCCCAACAACACCCAGCGUAGAGCCAGCUGCAGAAGCCUCUGCCUCUGGGAGUCCCUCCAGCGGGGGCGCCCAGAGCCAGAGGGGGUGCUGGAGGUGGGGGGGGACAGCCCUCAUCUGCAGGAGUCCAGGAGGAAGAGGCUGAGGUCAGUAUUAUGAAAUACAGUUCAAACCAGAGUGUAAUGUGAGAUGUGAAUAAUGGAAUGAAUAAAUAAACGG